UAAGUUCUGCAAAUAACCUCAUAGCUCCUGUUUCGUAUGACAUUUACGACAGUAUCUCUCUUAGCACUGAUUACGUUUUUUGAAGUGCUGUGAGUACAAAACUGUCGCAGCUUCAUGGAUAUCCGUUUUCUUUUUUAAUUUAAGAUAUUUAGAGCCGUACACCUGGAUCCAUGCGUGCAAACAGCUACCAUCUGUGUGGUGCGUGUUUGACCGAGCCAGGAUUACUUCAAAAGUUAAUCUCUGGAGUCUAACGACGGAAUAUUUGUUGUGCAGGGUACCGGCUCGGCUAGACUCUACUCCUCUCGCCUUUUUUUGGUUGUCCAUUGGGAAAAGCUGUGGAUAGUACCUGGUACUUUUUGGAAAGUUUACUAAGUGUCUUGCAGAAGAACUUUAUUUUUGAUUCAGCUUCAAAACAUGUUUCUUAAGGUCACAGGCUUGGUUUUUGCACCAUGUUGCUUCUGUGUCUUAGUCAGCGUUCAUUGGGGGAUUGAUUUGUGCCUCUUCAGUAAAUAAGCAAGCAAGCAUGUAUCCAUAGGUCAGACCAAGUGGGCAGACUGUUCACACCCUUAAAGGGCAGCUGGCCUCCCCAUCUGGCACCAUGAGUGUCCAGCCCAGGAGAAUUCGUCUUAAGCCGUGGCUGCUGGCUCAGGUGAACAGUGGGAAAUACCCAGGCCUCCACUGGCUCAACAAGGAUCGCCGUUUGUUUCAAAUCCCCUGGAGACAUGCCACACGCCACCUUCCCACACUGGAAGAAGAAAACACUAUAUUCAAGGCUUGGGCCUUGGAGACAGGGAAGUACCAGGAGGGUGUGGAUGAACCAGACCCAGCCAAGUGGAAGGCCAAUCUGCGCUGUGCCCUGAACAAGAGCCGUGAGUUUACUCUGAAAUAUGACGGCACCAAGGAGACCCCUGUGCAGCCUUACAAGAUCUACGAGGUUUGCGACCAGCCUUUGAACGGAGAUGGAGUCGAGGAGGAGGAGGAGGAGCUGCCUAACUUUGAGCACCUUUCUAUCAACUCUCGAAUUGCUGAACCUGCAAACUACCAAGCAUUUCCCCGCAGUACAGUUGAUCCAUUCCUGGUGCCUGUCAUAGCCCCUGAUUUCACUGGCCAAGGCCACAUGGUUGCCACUGUGAAGCAGGAGGAUUUUAUACUCGGUGAAGGCCUUCCGAAUGGACUUGGCAUAGGUACAGGGGUUAUACCACCAUCCACUGUCCCACAUGCUGUCAGCGGUCCAGGAGCUAUUGUGGACAGUCCCAUGCAAGAGGUGCAAGCCCAAGCAGAGAGCCAUGUGCAGCCCUGCAUCUCUGACCUGCUGAGCAGUCCCCACAUGCUGCCCUUAACUGACCUUGACAUCAAAUUCCAGUACAGGGGCCGCCCAGUUGGCUCUCUGACUGUAAGCAACCCCCAGGGCUGUCGGCUCUAUUAUGGUAACCUUGCCCCAACGCCGGAGCAGGUGGAGCUAUUUGGGCCGGUCACACUCCACCAAGUGCUAUUCCCUGGCAGUACUGACAUCCAGAAUGAAAAGCAGAGGUUCUACACAGACCACCUGCUGGAUGUGAUGGACAGAGGCCUGAUCCUGGAGAUCCGCGGGCAGGACAUCUAUGCCAUACGCUUGUGCCAGUGCAAGGUGUUCUGGUCUGGGCCAGGUGUGCCUGAGAACGGCCCACCCAACCCCAUGGAGAGGGAGCGCAAGAUCAAUGUGUUCAGCCUCAACAGCUUCCUGCAUGGACUCAUCCUGUACCAGAAAGGGGAGGCGCCGACCCCGCCACCUUUUGAAAUAUACUUCUGCUUCGGGGAGGACUGGCCUGACCAUAAGCCCAAAGAGAAGAAGCUCAUUAUUGUCCAGGUGGUGCCUGUGGUGGCGAGGAUCCUCACUGAGAUGUUUUCUGGUGAGCUCUCGUGGUCGACGGACAGCAUCCGCCUGCAAAUUUCCAACCCUGAUCUGAAAGACCAAACCGUGGAGCAAUUUAAGGAGCUCCACCGGCUGCUGCAGAAUCAGCAUGCUCAGGGCACAUGGGCUCAGAGCCUCCAGUAACACUCCUGGGACACUCACUUGGGUCACUGCCAUGGCAAUUUUCAACCGUCCAGGAACUGGCUGCCCUGCCCUUAGAUCAAAGUGCUUAGGGGCUGAGGUGCAUUUUGUGCAUUACUCUGUACUAGCCUCAUUUGUGGACUAAGCUACACACUGGAGAUCAACAUACACUUUUAUUUAUGGUUUAGUUUGACUAAAAUGGUUCAUAUUUGGCCAGAAAAAUAUACUCAGUUCUCCUUAGAUACCCAAUCAUGCUUAAAUUAUCUUUUGGAUUUUUCUAAGUAAAAUCCACCAGACCCUGGUUAGGGAGUAAAGUUGAAAUGCUUUGAUCUCACAGUGGUGUAAUGCACUAAAUGAAAGGCUUACAUAAGCAAAAACCUGUAAUUCUUGCAGUGUGAAAGGUAGGUAAACUGACACCUGCAACAGUGUGGUCUGCAUAUAUUACACUGGUUGGGAAAGACGCCCCAAAAUGUGUUCCAGCGCUGAAUUACUAAAACAAACACAUCACUAACAUUUCCUUUGGGACUAAUCUUAGCCUGAGUCCAGUCUGAGUUGCUUCCCACUCUAAAAAUAUCUCUAGGUUUAAGCACUAGGUUUAUUCUUUAUCGGGUAACUUGACCAAUAUAUGACAUUAUGUAUCACUGCUCUCCCACCUGUUGUGCGCACCUGCAAAAAGAAAAAAAACGAAUCUUUGAUUAUCCUGACUUGAAAUGUAAAUACUUUGCUUUGUGUUCCUUGAUUUGUUUCUUUUAACAUUGUAUUUCAAUAAAUACCAUAGCAGUAUUCUUAGUGUGGGCACUUGAUGCUCCUUGGUAAUUCAGUUGUUCCUUUUGUUUCCAGUGCUUUUCCCCCUCAGUGAAUACGUUCCUCUUCAAGGAACGUAGCCUGGACAUACACUAUUAUCACACUUCUGCAGGUCUGAAAUAAGCUUAGUCUCAUGUAGUAUGUGGACUCAAAGCCAUAUAGAAUAUAAAAUGACAGUAACUGUUUCAAUAAACGUAUUAUAUUAACACCUUUUACAGCUGACUGCUGGAGCUGUCGUUGUGAGAGUUGGCUUGUCUUAAUACCUCCUCCCCUCAGUUUGGGUAAAGGUGUAACAACUUGAUCUUGACACAUCAGUCUCAACCCAGUCCUUGGAUCCCACUAGAUGGUUCACAUUUUUGUUACAACACAGCUCCCAAAAUGCCUGCUCUGUGAUCAGGCAGACAUGUGGGCUCUCACUGGUCCUGAGCACUAGGUUGAGAAACAUUGCCAGACCACUCUGCAUGGGGAAUUUUCAUUCAUCCUUAGCUACAGGAGCAGCAGAUGACACAAUGCUCCAGUCAGUUUUAUACAUGUGUUUACUUGAUGGAUCCAUAAUGAAUAUUUCUUUGUAAUACUUCCUUGUUAUCCCUGGAUAUUUUAACAUUUAGGGGAGGUGCUGUUUCUCACUGAAUAUAAAAGGUGUAAAGGAAUGAGGAAGUUUCUCUCUCAUUGUCCCAAGUCUGUCAGUUGCACAGAAGAACCACCACCUAGACGUGUAUUUAUGGAUGAGAGAGACCCCAUAAUGCACUAUGGUUAAAAGUAUGUAACAAUCAGGUUAUUUAAAUGACUGGGUCCAUGUAUUUAAGUAUGCUACAUACUACAAAAAGGAAAAAAAAACCUUUGAUUAUGCUGACUUGAAGUGUAAAUACUUUGUGUGUCCAAAUCUCUUUUACCAUUGUUUGUAUUUCAAUAAAUACAACACCAGUGUUUGAGAGCAGGUAUCACCUGAUGCUCCCUGAUGA